CACUUCCAACUGAACGGAUGAUUAGUUCGCGUUGUGGUUUGCUGGAAAAUUGACCGUUAAAUUGGAACUUGUGUUUUUACCGGGCUUUGGAUAUCUAAUUGCUUUCCGAUAUCAAUCCAAGAACGCAUCGAUCAAAUGAACUCACACCAAUCGCAGGCAGUGACUCCUGUUCUCUCAUUUUUCUAGAUUUUCUAGCGAGCGCUUGCAGCCGCUAAAGUAUCUUAUCGGGAAAUUCGUAACGGUUCACGCAUUUCAUUGAGUGGGAAAUAAAAAAAAAAGUAAGAGGCUUACAAUCGUACAUUUCACUGAGAAACCGAUAUCUUUUGUGAGUUAUCAGAUACAUAAACAAGACAGAAUAGCUUACUAUUACUAUUAUUCUGUCUUGCGGUCAAUUUAGAUAUUUGAGCGGGUCCCGGAGUAUCCAGUGCACGGCAAAAAGAUGGAAAAUUUAUCUAAACCAUUUGUGCUGUUUCUAUGUGCUUCUAUCCAUGUUUUUAUCUGUUUAUAUGAAGAUCAUUAAAGUACUUUAUGGGCACAUUAAGUGGUAGUUUUUAGUGCAUAAUUAUUGCAAAAAGUACAUCUACAUCGUCUUAAUAAGUGGCUGAAGUGAGUGUGUUUUGAGAAUUUUUCGUGAACGUUAGGAGUUUUCAGAGGUCAAGUGGUUCGAGAAGUUGCUUACGCCUUUUAAUUUGAAGAAAAGAUUCAUGAGUUAGAAUGGAACAAUCGCAACUGUAGCUGAUUCCUCAUAUGAACGAGUAAUGAUCAAAGCUUAAAGAUACUCCGAAGCACAUCAGAAGAUUUCCUGAGUCCUUGAUAACAUAAUGCCCAGAAGAAAUAUUAUGGUGAUAGAUGAAAGAGCCUUCUUCUGUGGAAUCGCAGUCCGCCUUGUGCUGAGAUGAAGGCAGUAAUCCUUCAUUUAGACUUUUCUGAGCUGGUUCAUAUUAUCCAACUGAAAGAAAAAAGAUAAACUACUCGAAGGAACAUGGGAAACACAAACGAUAUGAAGAAAAAUUAUCUUUGGAAAAGCGUAACGCUUCUGUGGUUAUUUUUUAUCAUAAACGAGUAUAAUGGCGUCGAGGGUUCCGGAAAUGCUGAGCUUAUAAAUCAUAGAAAUAUAGAAACACAUGGAGAUAAUCGAAGCCGAAAUCCUGGCCACCUGCCCCUGAUUAACAGUGACCAACUAGCAAGCCAUAUAGACAAAAGUAUCUAUCGAAGGACUAAGAAUAAGGACGGGGAGCAACACACCAGGAUCACAGCCAGACAUUUUAAUAAACGGUCGUCAGGUGAAUUCAAUUUGUCAUUGUCAUCGGCCGGUGAACUAACCACGAAUUUCGAUACGGCGACCAUAGAUCAAGCGGACAUGGCAACCGAUUAUCCUUCGGAAUUGGGAGCAUUGAAUGAUUCCCAGGCCAUUGAUCAUAACGAAACUUGCGUUGGGGAUGCCUUGUACUGUAAUCUGACCUACGAGGAGUAUAUCGAGUUGGUCUAUGACUAUAUUUACCCUACAACCACCGAAUGGAUUUUCAUCUGCCUACACUCAAUUGUCUUCAUUAUGGGGCUGGUGGGCAACGCACUGGUCUGUAUUGCCGUGUACACCAACUAUUCAAUGAGGACCGUGACGAAUAUCUUCAUCGUGAACUUGGCCGUUGCAGACUUCUUUGUUAUCCUGUUUUGCUUGCCACCCACCGUUGUUUGGGAUGUCACUGAAACGUGGUUUAUGGGAGAAGCAAUGUGCAAAGUUGUUAUCUAUUUUCAGACGGUAUCCGUAACAGUGUCCGUUUUGACCCUCACCUUCAUCUCGGUAGAUAGAUGGUACGCAAUUUGCUUUCCACUUCGCUAUAGAACAACAAUUGGCCGAGCGAUGGCAUCCGUGGCUUUUAUUUGGAUUGUGGCACUUAUCUCAGACAUCCCCGAAUUUCUAGUCCUUACGACGCAGCAGAAGCCUUUGCGAUUUGGGGUUGAUUUAUUUACCCAGUGUGUGGCAACAUGGGAUCGGGAGACGGAGAAGAAUCUUUAUAUCACUCGAUUUGCUGUUCUUUACACUUUGCCAUUACUUCUCAUGACUGUGGCUUACUUCAAAAUAGUUCGCGUCCUAUGGAAAUCUGAUACGAUACCAGGACAUCGUGAAUCACGUAAUCAUCAGUACACAUGUGCAGAUCUACGAGGAACAUGCUUGCCUGCAGCGAACACGAGUACGAUGGGUCAGUUGCGAGCACGGAGGAAAGCAGCGAAAAUGUUGGUCGCAAUCGUUGUGAUGUUCGCAGGAUGCUACUUUCCAGUCAAUGUACUUAAUAUACUGAGGUACACGGUGAAUUUGGGGCAGAGUGAAGUGGUCGCGGUGGUAUCACUAUUUUCGCACUGGCUUUGUUAUGCCAACAGCGCCGUAAAUCCGGUCAUCUACAACUUCAUGAGUGCAAAGUUUCGUCGAGAAUUUCGGAAUGCUCUUGAAAAAUGCCGAUGUUCCAGAGUACGAGUUGAAGACCGUUCGUUAAACCACAGCACACCAAGGAUCAACAACAUAAGUCCGAGUACUCGGAGUAACUAUCAUUUGACAAGUGUACGCGAUAUAACUCGUGAUAUGUCCAGACAGACAGUUCAAACGAAUUUCAUCGAAAACUGCGGUAAUGGCCAUUCAACAACAACACCAAUGCUAAAUCAUUCAAAAAAUGAAAGAUACUCUUGACGUGAAAAAUUGCGUGUAUCCUGGGCCCGUAGCCUAUCCAGAGACUGUCAGCAUUCAGCUAACUGUAAAUCCAUUGUAAAUUAAAAAAAAAACUAUGAAAAAGGAUAGGAAAAACUAGUAAGAUACAUCUGUAUGUAUGUACGUUGUGCACAUAGUUGUAUGUAAUUUGCUAUAUGUUAGGAUAGAUGUAAGAGAAUUUUGAUUUCACACUAGCAAUGAUGAAUUUAUGGAAUCUAUUCUGAUUUUUGUAAGAGUCAAGUGGAACAAGGAAGAAAAGAUACCAACUGAAGAUACGUUUUGCUGCUAGAUAAUAUCCGUUGUGGUAAUUCCAUUGCAUAUAUUCCCCAUUAUGUAUCCACUCCCUUGUACCCCGGAAGCACCAAUAUACUUACGAGAAUGGAGAAAAUAGUGUAAAAAAGAGAAAAUUUAAUCAACCCCCUUUUGCGGGAAGUCCUGUCCACGUCGCGCAAUAAAAACUUUAUUGUGAUAUUCUAAGUUUAAUGUGAUGUAAAGUAAUGUGCAAUCCUUUUUGUUGAGUUAUCAACGAAUGGUUUCACAUUGUCCGUUCAAAUAAAAGCUCAAUGCGGUUUCGAAUGGAAUGAACCCAUUUACCUAAGAUUGUAUAUAAUGCUACACACGAAAGAGAUUUGUACCUAAACUAUCUAAAGAACUAUCAACUAUGUACCAAUCCAAUUAUAGGUAAGAAAAUAUUAUACAUAUGCAAACAACAAACACAUUAAGGACAUUUCAAUUUUCAAUGGAAAAUCAGAUGAUAUUAUAAAAAUUAAGAUUCUAUACUACGUGUUACCAUAGCAGUGGAGUUCACCUGUGACUGUUAAGUGAAUUUAAAAAAAAAACUUUUUUGUAAUUAAUUUUAAUAAACACAUGUCCACAUUUUGAGAAUGGAAAUAAAGAUUGCUAGAAAUGUUAAGUCAGAAUACUAUA